CUAAGGACCAAGUUAGGCAUCUCCUUUCUCAUUCUACGGUUUCAUGACAGCGUCAAUAACGCCCACAUCCUGUCAGAAAAGAAACCUCUCCUGUUCACUAAAGCCUGCGUAAUGCAGCAACUUCAGAAAACCGAAGGGUCCGAUGAACAAGUGCCAACUGGAUUAAAUAAGACAUCAAAGCCAAGCCAACAUGCUUUCCUUUCACUGAAGGAGUAUUUUUGCAUUAAGGAAAAAAAGCCAGACUAACUUUGUUUUUUCCUCCCGGGACAUUUUUAUGACAAAUAGGUUUUCUGUAAUACGAAAGUAAUGAGGGAGUGUCAUUGUUUUUGUCUCCAACGUAGAGUUUGCACUCUCGUGGUGGCUCUGUGCGCGCUCCAUAUCUCCGUAAUGGUUUUCUAUUACUUGAGAAACUCCGGAGCCGACGGUCAUAUGCAAGUACAAGCGUAUUCGACGUCGUCGCCGAACACGACGAAUAUCGAGCUCGUGUCGCCCGCGGCGACUACGGCAGCGCUCAUCGCGGAGCCGAGAGCAGAGGAUGUCGCCGAGGUGACGGAAGAAGCGAACGGUGUUGAAGCAUUUAAAACGCCGCUGGAGAAAUGUCCCGAGACGUCCCCGCUCUUAGUGGGUCCAUUGCGUGUGGAGUUCUCUGAUCCGGUGGAUCUGGAGGAGAUCCGACAGGAGCCCCUGCUGGUGGAGGGGGGACACUACAAACCGCCCCAGUGUCUGUCUGUCCAGAAAGUGGCCGUCAUUAUCCCUUAUAGACACAGAGAGCACCACCUCAAAUACUGGCUGUACUACCUUCAUCCCAUUCUGCAGAGACAACAGUUGGACUAUGGGGUCUACAUCAUUGAGCAGGAUGGAGAGGACACGUUUAACCGGGCGAAGUUGCUAAAUGUUGGCUACGCUGAGGCUCUGAAAGACUACGACUAUGACUGCUUUGUCUUCAGCGACAUCGACAUCGUCCCCAUGGACGACCGCAACAUGUACCAUUGCUACGACCAACCACGGCACCUCGCCGUUGCCAUGGACAAGUUCGGCUAUGGGCUACCAUAUAAUCAGUAUUUUGGUGGCGUCUCUGCAAUGAGUAAAGACCAGUACCUGAAGAUCAAUGGCUUCCCCAACAACUACUGGGGCUGGGGGGGAGAGGAUGACGACAUCUUCAACAGGUUGUCGAUUAGAGGAAUGUCCAUAUCACGGCCUGAUGUCAUGACUGGCAAAUGCAAGAUGAUUCAUCACGAAAGAGAUAAGAUGAACGAUCCUAACCCUCAGAGGUUUGACAGAAUUGCCCACACGAGAGAAACGAUAGACACCGACGGCAUCAACUCUCUGACGUACACUGUGGUGAAAGUGGAGAAAGGCCAACUCUUCACAAAAAUCACCGUGGACAUUGGCAAACCCUGAGCCUCUCACACACACUCACACACACACACACACUCGCACGUGCUCUCUCUCGCUCUCUGUGUCUGGUCUCCUGCCCAGCCUAUAGGAGCGCCAGUCUGACUCAUCAGUCAGAGCACUACAAUGAUGGAUCCUGGUUCCUCUGAUCAUUACAGUGAACACUGAGGUUCUGGACUCCUUGCUCAGAACUGACCCAACUGGAGCCGUGGAAAGGUGAACUUGCAUUGACUGGCCCACUGCCCCUGUAAGACCACAGUGUCUCUUUAGUCAAACUAGAGUCAAAUUCUAGAGUGUUCUAGAACUGACCUCGAGGUGACCCUGGCUCUUCCGCCCACGGGACCAUAGUGCUUCAACUGCUAGUACUCUCUCCAGAAGAACUGAACCCCUUGGUCCUCCAGACGUCUUCUAAAGUUUAGGAGAGGUGAGCAGGUGUGCGGAAGCAGAGGACCACUGAACUGAGCAGUACUGGGCAUCUGCAGGACUGGGAGAGACUGGCAAACCUUAGAUGGGCUGAAUUUCUCAAAAAAUGUUUACACUGUUAUCUUGCUGAGUCUCAGGGAAGGUUGGUGUCUCCUUCACUUCCAGGUGAAGGAUGAUAUUUUCUGAGGUGUGAGAUCUACUUCCAGGUGAAGGUUGGUGUCUUCUACGGUGUGAGAUCUACGCCUAGGUGAAGGAUGGUGUCUUCUGAGGUGUGAGAUCUACUUCCAGGUGAAGGAUGGUGUCUUAUGAGGUGUGAGAUCUACUUCCAGGUGAAGGUCUAAGCUGCCUGCACUGGUGUGGGUUUUUUUCUAAUUACCCUCCCUCAGUGCGCAACCUUUACGGUCCUUGUAAUGACCUGAAUGGGCUAUUAUGGGAUUCUAAGCUGCACUUUAGAUACAUGGUUAUAAUAAGUUAUAAUUAACUGAAUAAUGAUGUUUUAUACCAUUAAUUUAUAAUAUUUCGAGUACCAUUUUGUAAUAUGCUCUGAGGG